AUAUCGGAGUACGGCUGUGACAAGUCUCGAGGCGGUGCAAGUGCAAGUGCAAGUGAAAUCCGAGUGCUUCAAUUAAAAUUGUUAUUUUAAGUGCCGCGAAAGAAACACAUUUGAGUAUUUCAAGCAAAAUGGGUUUCGGAGCAUUCGAACUUGAGGUACUUCAGGCCCAUAACCAAUAUAGAGCCAAGCAUGGUGCGCCUCCAUUGGAGUUGGAUAAAAACUUGUGCAGAGUUGCCAGCCAAUGGGCGCAGCAUUUGCUAAACACGAACAGCUUCCAGCAUCGCCAGAACAAUAAAUAUGGAGAGAAUCUGUAUAUGGCAUCGGGUGCCAAUCUGAAUGGUGCAGCCGCUGUGAAGUCGUGGUACAAUGAAAUCAAGGACUACAAUUUUAGGUCGCCCUCAUUUCAGUCAAGUACUGGCCACUUUACCCAAGUGGUUUGGAAGGGUUCCCGACUUCUGGGCGCCGGAAUUGCUCAGAGAGGAAACACAGUUUACAUAGUAUGCAACUAUGAUCCACCUGGCAACUUCAUGAACAACUUCAGGGAGAAUGUUUCGCCUCCAAACUGAUAGCUGACAAGUUUCUCUCUUUU